AAAUAACGCGUGUACAAUGACUUUUUUAGAAAGUUAUUCCUUAGAAAAUAAAGACCUAAAAGUAGAAGAGACUUUUAAAACUCACAACGAAAAAAUAAAGCAGUUACUUUCAGAUUUAUGUACCAAUGAUAAAGACACCGAUGCUUGUUAUCAACUAGGUUUUUUUUUACAAACACGAUAUAGGCUCUACAAAGAAGCAUUAAAACUAUAUGAAGAAAACUGUCUAAAUCAAGAACAUGCUGAAAGUUGUACGGCUGCUGGGGCUCUGUACUAUACAGGGCUUGCCAGUAAAACUGACAAAGAAAAAGGCGUUGCUUUCUUUUUGAAAGGAUGCAACUACGGUGAUGGAAAUGGGUGUAAUAAUGCUGGCAAGGCCUAUAAACUCGGGACUCUCCCGAAAAUUGGAGUAGAUGGGAAGAAAGCAGAAACUUUUUUGAAAAAGUCUUGUGAAAAUUUUCAUUGCGGACUUGGUUGCCACAACUUAAGCACUCUCUAUUUAACUGGAAUUCAGAGUAAUAUAUUGGAAAAUGAUAUUCAAAAAAAUUUCUCUGAAGCUUUUAAGUAUGCAGCUUUGGCGUGCGAUCUCGGAAUAGUCAAAAGUUGUAUCAAUGCCAGUCGGAUGCUUUAUUUAGGCGAAGGAGUGGAGAAGGAUCUUAAAAAAUCAGGGGAAUACAGAAAACGGGCUUAUGAGCUGCAUACUUUACUUAAAAAGUUUUAGUGGAGCUAUACAGAAUACUUGUGGCUUACUUUGAAAAAAAAAGUUAUGCUAAGG